GAGCUGGAGAAGCAGCUCUUUGCUUUUGGUCAAUGGCGGAGGCGAAGGGCUUCCUUGCGGCGCACGACCACCUCAAUGCUCCGGACGAGGUAGACCAGGAGGCCGGCCCGGGGACGCAGACCCGCUGCCGUGUCUGCUUCAGAAGCGAUGGGAGGGAUCUCAUUUCACCCUGCAAAUGCGAGGGAUCUUCUAAGUUCGUACACCGAGAAUGCCUGGACUACCAUAGGACUGUAAAGGAAAGUUUUGCAUUUGCCAAUUGUACAGAUUGCAAAGCUCCCUAUUACCUAAGGGUACAUGUUCAUCCAGAAAGAAAAGGACGAAUUCUGAAAUUCCUCAAGUUUCGGAAUAUACUAUGUGCAUUUGCUGUGAUUCAAAUUGCAAUCUGUUCAUUGGCAAGCGUCUUGUAUUUGGUUUGUGGAAACGGGAUUUAUUUUGGCAGCUUAAAUUAUUUUUAUGGUGGAGUUUUUGAUAGCUAUGUCUAUUAUCCUUUGCUGUUAGAAAGGGUUUCUGCUACAAAAUUGAAUGUCUACUAUUCUCUUGGGCUGCUGCUAUGUUGUCUUCUUCUCGGAUUGUCCAGAUUCUUAAUGUCUUGCUAUAAUCUAGGAAAGCUCUUGGGCAAGGCUCAGUCAUAUCAAGAUUUAUAUAUUCUUUGCAAAAGAUCCUGCAUAUUCUGCAGGUGGAGCAUAAGUACCAAAGCAUUCUACUAUGGAUUCAUGGCAGAAGCUGAUCAAACUUGGCUAGAGUUGAUGUUUAUUAUGGAGUUAGUUGUCAUAGGCCUCGUCUCCUUUAUUGGCCUAUUAUACGCUAUUGCCAUUGCCUCAAUUUUUGGCCGACAAAUUUGGAAGUAUCAUUAUUACACGUUUGGCAAACGAUUGCUUACGAGAGAGUACAUAGUCGAUGACAUGGAUGGUUUGGCCAAAGAUUGGCGCCCACCUCCCCUACCACCUGAUCAUGUUGACGAGCUAGAGGAACUCGGAUUUCUUUAGUACAAUAUUGAUGUUUAGACCUUCAAAAGCAAGGCAACAGAGCAACAAAUAGUGUUCUAUAGCUGAAUAUCUCUAAUCCGAAAUAGUGCUUUGUGGCCAACUAUCUAGAUCCUAAAAAGGCUAUAAACUAUGUUCUACAAAGAUUUUGUGUAUAGUUUGCAACCUUUUGUGGUAUGUAUAAGGUAUAUUCUAUCAAUAAUAAGUACCAGCAAUUCUCAAGUUA